CGCAACACAAAAUUUUUUGGGCUCAUUAUUCUACGGAAGUAAAUUUUUUUCAAAAAUAAAAAAUAUAACGUUUUUUUACAGUCUGUUAAGUCGGAAGUACUUAUUUACAUAAAUGUCUGAUGCUGAUUUGGAUGCCCUACGUGCCCAGCGAAUGUCACAAAUGCAGUCGCAAUUUGGCGGCGCUGGUGGAAGUGAUGGCGACAAACAACAGGCCCAACAGGAGCAGAUGCGCGCUCAGGAGGAGAUGAAGCAUUCAAUACUGUCCCAAGUUCUCGACCAACAGGCACGUGCCCGCCUUAACACAUUGAAAGUCAGCAAACCGGAAAAGGCUCAAAUGUUUGAGAACAUGGUAAUUCGCAUGGCCCAAAUGGGUCAGGUGCGCGGCAAACUGGAUGAUGCACAAUUCGUUAGCAUUUUGGAGAGUGUCAAUGCCCAAAUGCCACAGAGUAAAUCCACCGUCAAGUACGAUAGACGUCGUGCUGCCAUCGAUAGUGAUGAUGAUGAGGAUUAUGGUUGCUGAUUUUGGUUAAUGUCCUGCCUUCCCGGCUAUUACCUUCCAAGAGGUUAUACCUAAGGUUUCUCACUGAUGAUAUACCCAUUUAUUAUUUUUAUUAAAUUAAACAAAGCCACUAAAACAAUGCACACUCACAUAUACAUACAUAAUUCGGAAGCCUUGUCAAGCCUCAAACCAAUCUGGAGAAAGGCGCAACGAAAUUUACAUAAAUAUUAUAAAAUGUCUAUAAAAAGUGUACAAUGGAAUACAGAGCUUGUGACUACUGAAACUAA